UUCUGUGCUGAACAAAAUCUCUCUUUAUCACCAGAUGGCAGUGCAACAGAAAAUGCUCGUAAGAGUGAUCAUCACUGAAGCCGACAUACGAAAAGUGGAACUGAAGACAAAGCCUGAUACUGUUGACCUUUUGAUUGAUUCCCUUAAAGAUGCUCUUCAAGUAAACUACAACUUCACCUUACAGUUUAAAGAUCCCAACUUUGACAACGAACUUUGCAAUCUAACAGAAAUAUCAGAACUGCCAGAGCGACCUACACUAAAAAUUAUUCCAAUGCUUUCUCUUGAGGAGGUGCAUGUCCCACAGUCAGCAUCAACUGAAGAACUAAGUGACACACCCAGCCAGGCAGACACAGAUAUCCUCUCCAACUCCUCUCAGGAAAGACGCCAGCAGUGGCCAGAGGAAUUUGAUAUGUAUAUACCAAAAUUUUCUGUUGAUGUGGAAUACAGACUGCGUCAAGCAAAUCUCCUUCAUUUCAGGGAUGGAACACACCUCAUUCCUUCAAAGGAGCUCAAACAUGACAUUCUCGAGAGGCUUGCUGAGACCAUUUAUGCCUUAAAAGCAUACCCAACAAAUUCAGAAUUCGAAGCUGUUGCCACGGCACUGGUGCGAGUACACCCAUGCCUCAAAGAACAAGGAUCUGCAUCUGGGUGGAGUGGCUGGAAAAACAGCUUGAAAUUCAAGAUGGGAAAUUACAGAACAAAAAUGCGAAGGCUGGGUCACUGUGAUGUCACAGUGAAUGGUGGUAAACAUGGUAAGCACUCUCCUGGCGGUGACCCACCUAACAAGAGAAUUAAGAAGCCAAAGAGAGGAGAAAUCAAUUACUUACCAGAUUAUCCAGAUGGACAGGAUGACUCCAGCCUUGAAGAUGCUCGACAAAUAAUGGAGAAUGAAAUGAAAAAGAAAACCCCUAAUGGAGCCCUCAUCAAGCAGAAGAUGGAUCUGACGUUUGCUCUUCGAAGGAGUGAAGUUGUGAUGGACAAACCUGCCAUCGCUGAGAUACGUCAACGCUGGCCUGCUCUGUUUACUGAACAACAGGUAUGUCUGGAGUUCAGCAGAGUGGUUGGUUAGAGCCUGAGACAGGAAUUCUAUGAGGCCCUUGAUCAUCAUAGUCCCAGGCUCAUGGAAAUCUUUAAGUCAAAGAGGGGUCUCACAGGACAGGCGUUGGCUGACCUGAUGCAACAAACAAAGACUUUGAAUGUCACAGAAGUCUGAUGCCUUGUCCUCAGGGGGCUUCCUAUCAUUCUCGGUGAUGAUCCUUUAACCUUCUUCAAGACCUGCUCAGACAAUGAUGAAGAAAGUUUGCAGAACAAUGUUCCUGUGGGGGUCCUCCGCAAUGAACAAGAAAAUAUAAGUCCACACAAGCAGGCCAUUCACCAUAAUGUAUCCUCAGUGGGAAUUAUCCUGGAGGGAAAUGUAGUGAUGGAA